UGAUCACCGCCUGAUUAUCAAUCGAGAGCUGUCUGCCAUCCUUCUGCCUAGUCAGAGGUAAGAAGUCCAUCUUAUCUUCCCCCUCUCACUCCCCAUCAUGAACGAAAUCUUCAAGCCCAAGAACGUCGCGGCCUGGCAACUCAAAAAGGCCCAGCGCCCGCUCGUUGUCAGCAAAGCGCCAUACAUCUCCCCGCCCAAGGACCACGUCACCAUCAAAAUCAUCGACGUCGCCGUCAAUCCGAUCGACUGGAUUCUACAGGACUCGCCACCGCCGGGAUUUGAUAUUGACUACCCCGCCAUCUUUGGCCGCGAUGCUGCGGGUGAGAUUCUGGAGGUGGGGGAUGAUGUGAAGGACUUCCGCGUUGGACAGAGAGUCAUUGCAAACACCGGCAGCGGUGGUGCUCUCUACGGCGGCUUCCAAAAAUACGCCCUCGUACACAAAAACGCCGUCGCCGAACUCCCCUACUCCAUCCCGACAUCCAAAGGCGUCGUCCUUCCCCUUGGAAUCUCCACCGCUUCCGCAGGUCUCUUUCAAAAGGACUUCCUCGCUCUACCAUUCCCCAAAGAAGACUUUGAGGAUCUGGGUCGUGUAGUAAUUGUUUGGGGUGGCUCGAGUAGUGUGGGAUCCUGCGCGAUUCAACUCGCUGUGGCCGCUGGCGCGGAAGUCAUCACGACGGCGAGCGCAAAGAACUUUGGCUAUGUCAAACGACUCGGGGCGAAGCAAUGCUUUGAUUAUCACGAUGAUGACGUCGAGGAUCAAAUUGUCGAAGCUUUAAAUGGGAGAACAGUCGCGGGUGCAUACCACGCCGUUGGGGCUGACGGUGCAGUGGAGUCUUGCGCGCGCAUCGUGGACCGGACAAAGGGCAAAGCCAUCGUUGUGACCGUCAGAGGCGCCCCUGAGAAGGGCGUGCCCGACUCCGUCCGUGUGAAGCAAAUCGCGGCGGCCAAUAUCUUCACCAACGAAAUCGGCCCAUACAUCUGGCGGAAGUUCCUGCCCAAAGCCCUCGAAAGCGGCAUGCUCGUCCCGGAGCCAAGCGCGUUGAUUGUGGGCGAGGAACUCCGAUCAGUCCAAGCCGGACUGGACGCGCAGAAAAAGGGCGUGAGCGCGCAAAAGGUCGUGAUUACGAACAUUUCAUGAGU